UUUAACAAAUUUUGCUUCUGUUAAGAUAAUAUUGUUAUAAUUGUUACAACCACUUAACUUACUUAAAUAUGGUAAACUAUUGCUGUAUCCAAGGUUGUAACCGCAAUAGCCGAGCUAAUAAACACCUCAAUUUUUAUAGUUUACCAAAAGAAAAAUACCGUCAGAAACAAUGGCUAAAACUAGCUGGCAGGGACGAUUUGCUGGAUCAAGAUCUGGAAAGGCUUCGGAAGUCACUUAGGUUCUGUUCUCGUCACUUUCAACCUAACUGUAUCAAAAAUAGAUUCCUAAGUAAUGAUGCUAUGCCUAGCAAAAGUCUUCCAGGAUCAAUGAGUGGAGAAGAAACAGAUACGGAACCAGAGAAGCAUGAAGGUGUUGUAUGUGAUAGCUGCUCGGAGCCUAUUUGUGGGUUUCGCUACAAAUGUGUUACAUGUGACAACUAUGAUCUGUGUCAGAAGUGUGAAAUGCUUGGGUCACAUCCGCAGCAUUAUAUGUUAAGAAUACCGAAGUCAAUUAAAUUUCAAGUGGCAGACGACCUUCUAAGUAAAUGGAGAGAAUUUUUCAAAGCGGAGCAUGUCAUACCGGACUCUAAUACACAUGAAUUAUCCAGCGAUGAUGAACCAGUUACGAAAUACAUCCGAGUAAGGAACUAUGACAGUGGAAUCGAUUUAUCUGAAGAUGUAAAGAGAGAUAUAAGAUGUGAAAUUGAUCGAGCCCUUAAAUCGAUUGAGGAAAAGAAAACUCAAAAGGCGACGGCUGCUCCUGAAGAGGUUCCCAGCAAAAAAAUGAAAUUAGAUAGCGAAAAGACUAUUGAAGUAGCAAAACCUGUAUCAAGUACUCCAGAGUUAGCCUUUGCAGAUGUUAAUGAUUAUGAUCAGAAUGACGUCAAGACUGAGGAGACUUCAUCAGUUGCUUUAGUGGGGCAAGGUCAAACACAACCACUGUACUACAUGAAAUUGAGUGGAGAUUUGUCCGACUUAAUGAUGGAGUUAACUGAGACCAAUAAAGAUGAAUAAUGAAUAUAUUUAAUUAAGAAUAAUGUAUAUUUUAAACUUUAAUAAAUUUUACUUCUAUGUAAAAUAGUUAUUAAAUAAACAU